UCUUUUGAACCGAAGUCCUGGAUCCUUGCGAAGCAGACGCGCCAUUGGAGUUUUACAGAGCGGAUAGAUAGAAUUGGCGAGCUGCUGGUGAUCUCCAAGACCAAGUGCAAUGCAUUGCCUGGGGAUCUCAGUUUACACCUCGUGGUAGCGAACCCAAACCAGAGGUCGUGUGCGACGGUGUGGGAUGUGAGAUAG